AGUGGAUUAGUACUUAAAUGGCAAUGGUGCAACUACAUUUUGAUAUCAUCUUAUUAUCAACCAACCUAAAUCUCUCAAUGGCCUCAACUUCUGCAGAUAGAAGACUUGAAGGAAAGGUUGCCCUUGUAACGGGCGGCACUAAUAUAAUUGGCGAGCCAAUUAUAAAGCUCUUCUUGAAACAUGGAGCUAAGGUCGCGUUUACGGACACCGAUGACAAGCUGGGCGAAAAACUUUGCCAGGAUUUGGACCCGGCCGCCGCCGUUUACUUCCACUGCAACAUCGUGGAGGAAUCCGACGUCGAAAGUGCGGUGGACGCCACCGUGGCCAAGUUCGGGAAGCUUGAUAUCAUGGUGAACGCAGCGACGGCGCUGGGAGUGACGAAGCCCAGCAUCCUCCAGAACGACAAGUCCGAGUUCGAGCAGGUGAUGGGCGUGAACGUGGUGGGCACUUUCCUCGGCACAAAGCACGCGGCGCGCGCGAUGAUCCCGAACGGCGCCGGCUCCAUCGUCAACCUCGGCAGCGUGGCGUCCACCACGGCGGGGACCACGCCGCACUCGUACACCAGCGCCAAGCACGCGGUGCUGGGGCUGACGAAAAACACGGCGGUGGAGCUGGGACGGUGCGGGAUUCGAGUCAACUGCGUUUCUCCGUUCAUCGUGUGCAACCCGGUGGGGAUGAAGGCUUUGGGGUUGACAACCGAUGAGGAUCUCAAGAAGCUUUACAACAACCUCAAAGGGGCGGUGCUGAAGGCGGAAGAUGUGGCGGAGGCGGCGCUGUACUUGGCCUCCGACGAGUCGAAGUAUGUGAACGGGCAUAACCUGGUCAUUGAUGGAGGUUUUAGUACCAUGAAUUCCACUCUAUGCAUCUUCCCACCAAAGUAACUUCAUCAUUUAAUUAAAAAGUGUGAUUUUCGUACAAGCUGUUUAAAUCGUUCAUAGUUGAUCAAUAUGUGACUCUCAAUAAAAGUGGAACUUCAAAGUUUGGGAUUAUAAAAUUAACAACUUAAACAAAGUUU